UUAUCCACUGUGAACAGGAAAGAAAGCAAUCCAAGCGGUAGAGAAAAAUACUUAUAGUGCUCAAGUCAGCUCUCUUCCCUUCGUUCUCGUUUCAACCUUCAAACCUCUCUCUCUCUCUCUCUACUUACUACUACGACCCAACCAAAUAAAAAAUUAGAUUCUCAGGAAAGAGAAAGAACUUUCCUUUUCUGUCUCGCACUGUGCUACUGCCUACUAGUGCUCUCUCUCUCUUGCACUAUUUCUUUGAUUUGAAAUAUCUGCUCCCCUUGUCUCUCUCUCCUCUAGAUUCUACCCUCGUCUGUGUUUGGUUUGAAAAUCAGAGAGAAGACAGCUAUUACGUUUGAAAAAAAAAAUUUACUCACUGUAGCGCAGGGAAAAGACCAUAGAGAAGAAAAGAUCGCCUGGUUUGGAAACCAAGGGAUACCCUUUGACGAAAGUUUUUUUCCUGCUGAAGUUAGGUUCGCAGGGCCUUGUCAUGUACCCGUACUCCAUCUUUCUUUAUUCUUCUUUGUCAACUCCCUUAGCGCAUAAGUUCAACUUCUGUCUCCUUAAGUAGCCAAAAGAUUUGUUUUUUUAUGGAAGGGUUUUUUUGGUAGUUAUGUUGUGAUCUAGUGGGAUUUAAUUUUCAUUCAAUAAUCUGUGUGGUUCUUGUUUUAAGUUUUUGGCUUUUGUCCCGUCAAUUUUUAGUUUAUGGAUUCUUGAUUUUCGGUCAAGGAUCUUAAUUGCAGGUGGGGACGAGGGAAGAUCACCAGUUCUACCUGUAUAAUUGAUUGUUGUUUCCUUUACCUUUUUUUUUUUUUUUUGGGGCUCCUUCAUGGCCACUGUUGUUCGCUUCACCCGCAAGCUGCUCUUGGAUGGUCCUUUUUGUGCUUUCUUAGGCGUCUGGGGGCAGGGGAUAUAAGUUUCUUCAUUUGCGCUUCUUAUCUCUUUCUUCAAGGGCUUGUUUGUGAGUGUGCGUUCAGAUUGAGUAGUGUUUUUUUCCCAUUGUCUCGAUCUCUCCUCUGGGGAUUUGAUUUUCCACUUGGGGAUUGGUGACAUCCUUUGUUUAUUUGUAAUUUGUUCUUCUUCCCUUGCGAUUUCAAGCUCCUUCUUUGUAGUUCUGAAAAGCAUUGAGAUUCUCAUGACGCUAGCUUCUUCUUCGCCGAUGGGAGCUUAGCCCUGCCUUGACUUCAGCUUGAGGAUAUUAUUUGGUUUCAUGAUGGUGGUACCGAGACAUUUCUUGAUGAGUUUUCUCCAAUGGGGGCUCUUGGCCUGCUUUCUUUGCUUAUCUCUGGGUCUGAAAACCUCAACCCAAUCCUGUGACUCUCGUGAUGUGUUGGCUCUGAGGCAAUUUGCUGGCAGCCUCACUAAUGGGUCUAUUAUCGCAUCAUGGUCCACUGAUAUUGAUUGCUGCAAUUGGGUUGGAGUGGUCUGUGAUAAUUUGACUGAUGAGACAACUGGUAAUAGAGUGACCAAGUUGAUUCUGCCUCAAAUGGGUCUCAAAGGGGUAAUUUCUACUUCUCUAGCGCAAUUGGACCACUUAAUUGUGCUGGAUCUUUCGUUCAAUCAUCUCCAAGGUGCGUUGCCCUCAGAAUUCUCCAAGUUGAAGCUGCUGAAAUAUCUGGAUUUGAGCCAUAAUAUGCUGUCAGGACCUGUUGCUGAAGCUCUUUCCGGCUUGCAGUCCAUUCGGACACUGAACAUUUCCAGCAAUUCAAUUAGUGGAAACCUCUCUGAGCUUGGGGAAUUUCCUUAUCUCGUUGCAUUCAACAUAAGCAACAAUUCAUUCAACGGUCAGUUCAAUUCUCAAAUUUGCAGUUCCUCUAAGGGGCUUCGCGUCCUUGAUAUAUCUGCCAAUCGCUUUGCUGGUGGUCUCGAAGGCUUGGGCAAAUGUAACACAUCUCUUCAUGAGUUGCAUUUGGAUAAUAAUUUAUUUUCAGGCCCUCUUCCGGAUUCUCUGUACUCACUGUCAGCCUUGGAGCAACUCUCGGCGUCUGUGAACAAUUUCUCUGGUCAGUUAAGCACGCAACUAAGUAAGCUCUCUAGCCUAAAGUCCAUAGUAAUUUCUGGCAACCAGUUUUCUGGGGUACUCCCAAAUGUGUUUGGGAAUUUGUCAGAUUUAGAACAAUUGGCAGCGCACUCCAAUUUAUUUUCUGGGUCAUUGCCAUCUAGCUUGGCUUUAUGCUCAAAGCUUCGUGUGCUUGAUCUUCGGAACAAUUCUCUGGCGGGUGGAAUUGAUCUUGAUUUUACUGGGUUGUCUAAACUCUGUAACCUUGAUCUUGCGUCUAAUCAUUUUACUGGCCCUCUUCCAAACUCCUUGUCAUAUUGCCGUGAACUGAAAGUUUUGAGCCUUGCUAAGAAUGGGUUGACAGGCUCAAUUCCUGAAAACUAUGCAAACCUUUCAUCGCUGUUCUUUUUGUCUUUGUCAAACAACAGCUUAGAGAACUUAUCUGGGGCCCUGUCUGUGCUGCAGCAUUGUAAAAACCUCACUACAGUUAUCCUCACAAAGAAUUUCCAUGGUGAGGAAAUACCAAAAAGUAUUUUGGGAUUUGAGAGCCUAAUGGUUUUAGCUCUGGGAAAUUGUGGUCUCAAAGGCCAAGUACCUGCUUGGCUUUUGAAUUGCAGCAAAUUAGCAGUCCUUGAUUUGUCUUGGAACCGUUUGGAAGGCAAUAUCCCUUCUUGGAUUGGUAGGAUGGACAAUUUAUUCUACCUGGAUUUCUCAAACAAUUCUUUCGUUGGAGAAAUGCCAAAAAGUUUGACACAGUUGAAGGGUCUUGUAUCCACAAAUUGCACUAGGCCAAAUCUGUCUGCAUCAGCCGGUGUUCCUCUCUAUGUCAAGAGAAACAAGAGUGCUAAUGGGCUGCAAUAUAACCAGGCUUCAAGUUUCCCCCCUUCAUUAUUAUUGAGCAAUAACAGAUUGAGUGGAGUGAUAUGGCCAGAAAUUGGGCAACUCAAAGCACUGCAUGUUUUGGAUUUAAGCAGGAAUGAAAUCUCUGAUACAAUUCCUAGCAGCAUUUCAGAGAUGGAGAACUUGGAAACAUUAGAUCUGUCAUAUAAUGAUCUCUAUGGAAUGAUCCCUCCAUCGUUUAACAAGCUUACAUUCUUGUCAAAGUUCAGCGUGGCAUAUAAUCACUUGCAGGGACAAAUUCCAUCCGGGGGACAGUUUCUAAGCUUUCCUAGUACAAGUUUUGAUGGCAACCCGGGACUUUGUGGUGGAAUAAUUUCUCAAUGCAAAACCAACAAUAUGGGAUGGAGGCCCAAUAUGCCUGCUGGUUCUUCCAGCAGAUUUGGUAGAAACAAUGUCCUUGGUAUAACAAUCAGUAUAGGGGUAGGGCUUGCCCUGCUUCUUGCCAUUGUUCUUCUGAAAGUAUCAAAAAGGGAUGAAGAGAAGCAGGUUGAAAACUUUGAUGAGGAAUUGGGUCGGCCCCCCAGGUUAUCUGAAGGACUUGUUUCUUCAAAAUUGGUUCUUUUUCAGAAUUCAGAUUGCAAGGAUCUCACAGUUGCGGAUUUGUUGAAAUCCACAAACAAUUUUAACCAAGCAAACAUUAUUGGUUGUGGUGGGUUUGGUCUCGUUUACAAGGCAAAUCUUCCAAAUGGCACAAAAGCUGCAGUCAAGAGACUUUCUGGUGACUGUGGUCAGAUGGAGCGUGAAUUCCAAGCUGAAGUAGAGGCCCUUUCCAGAGCUCAGCACAAGAACCUUGUUUCUCUAAAAGGUUAUUGCCGGCAUGGCAAUGUCAGAUUGUUAAUCUAUUCCUACUUGGAGAAUGGAAGUCUGGAUUACUGGCUGCAUGAGUGCGUGGAUGAAAAAUCAGCUUUGAAAUGGGAUGUGAGACUCAAGAUUGCAAAAGGUGCUGCUCAUGGAUUAGCUUACUUGCAUAAGGGGUGCGAGCCAUUCAUAGUUCAUCGGGAUGUCAAAUCUAGCAAUAUACUUCUGGAUGAUAAAUUUGAAGCUCAUUUGGCUGAUUUUGGCCUUUCAAGACUACUUCAGCCUUAUGACACCCAUGUUACAACAGACUUAGUGGGUACAUUGGGAUAUAUUCCGCCAGAGUAUAGUCAGACAUUGACAGCAACCUUCAGGGGUGAUGUCUAUAGCUUCGGUGUUGUUCUUCUCGAACUUCUUACUGGUAGAAGGCCGGUAGAAGUCAUCAAAGGUAAAAACUGCAGGAACCUGGUGUCUUGGGUGUUUCAGAUGAAAUCAGAAAACAAGGAGCAAGAAAUUUUCGACCCAGCCAUUUGGGACAAGGAUAAUGAGAAGCAGCUCUUGGAGGUACUGGCCAUUGCUUGUAGAUGUUUGGACCAGGAACCAAGGCAAAGACCCUGUAUUGAAGAAGUUGUUUCAUCGCUCGAUCGUGUAGGGGCUGAUGGUUUGCAGCAGUGAUUAUGAGUUCUUACAUACGUGACAGCUAGCUAUCUGGAUUUUGGUUGUUCUCUGACUGCCAACAUUUAUAGCAAGUUUGUUGUAUGGGGGUUCGGCGUUCUUUGGUUUUUUUUUUCCUGGUCCUUUUCUCACACUAUACUGAUACGUGUACUCUGUAAAAAAGGCUAAUUUUGGCCACCAGAUGUUCCUGCAAAUAAGAAUUAUAGAGGAUCUGCAUUUUCUUCCCAUUAACUGAGUUGUAAAAUUGUGAGUUUCAAUAUCA